GCGAGAUAGACUGUGAAGAAACAUGGCGGCCCAGACAUUGACUGGGAAAAUGUACUCCCUGCUGUUCCGCAGUACUUCCACCUUCACCCUCACUAUCGUCAUGGGCGUCCUGUUCUUCAAGCGUGCCUUCGAUCAAGGCGCGAACGCCAUCUACGACCACAUCAACGAGGGGAAGCUGUGGAAACACAUCAAGCACAAGUAUGAGGACAAGUAGUUCCUUAGAGGCCCCCAUCCAGGCCAGAAGGACCAGGUCCACCAAGCAGCUGUUUGCCCAGAGCUGGAGCCUCAGCUUGAAGAUGAUGCUUAAGUUACUCUUCGUGGACCACCGUUCACUGUUGGCAAGAAAUGGCUUUACCUUCAAAACAGACUCUUGACCUUCUGCUGUGUUUGAAGUAUGUUUAGUCAGCAUGAUCAGGAAAUAAAUGUGAAUUGCCCUUGAAAAAAAAAAAAA